AUGCCCCUGGUGUUGAACCGUGGACUUCUGGAGGUUCUUGCUGAGGCGCAGACCGGGGGCAUCGCAGGGCAGUACCCCGACUCGACUCCGUUGUCCGAGUUUUUCACCGCGAUCGCCACGGCGCUCCUGGAGGUGGUCGCGAGACCCGAUGCGGAUGAGCGUCAGCUACGCAUGGCGGGGUACAACGCUCUAAGCGUCCUCGUCAGCAAGGCAGGCAACGACUGCUUGCCCCACAUGCAGGCCUUGACGCAGGAGAUGCUGAAGCACUUGCAAGCAUCCUACAAGUCCAUCGACCGCGAGUGCGAGUUGCAGGGCUACAUCUGUGGGGUGCUGACUUCGCUUGUGUCACGUCUCAGGGAGAAGGUGGCUAUGGCGGCCAACCAGAUCAUGGAGGAGGCGCUGAAGGUGAUCUCGGCCUAUCAGCAGGUUCGCGGGGGUGCGCAGGUUCUGCACGAAGAGGCUUUGCUUCUCAUCGUCGCUUUGGCGAAUGCGGCCGGCUCGGGCUUCGAGCGCUUCAUGCCGCAUUUCGCUCCGCACCUCCAGGUCGGACUUCAGAACUACGAGGAGGUGCAGGUUUGUCUGACGACCACCCGGAUGGUCGGAGACUUGUGCACGGCGCUAGAGGGCAAGAUCGUCAGCUAUUGCGACACGAUCUUGCAGAUCCUGUACACCAACCUCCGAAACCCGGCGGUGGACCGCAAGAUCAAGGCAGCCGUGAUGACGAGCUUCGGUGACAUUGCCAUGGCCAUCACCGGAGACUUCGAGCAGUACCUCGGCCCGGUGGUGCAGAUGCUCCGGGAAGCCUCCUCCACAAGGCUGGCCGAUGGUCCAGCCGACAGCGAAGAGUGGGUCGAGUACUUGAACAGCCUCCGAGAAGGAGUUCUGGAAGCGUACUCCGGAAUCAUCCACGGGCUGAAGGAGUCAGGUAAGCUGCACCUCUUCAAGGAGCACGUCAACACGGUGCUGAUGCUCGUCAAAGAGAUCAGCGAGGAUCCGACGACGCAGCUGCCCGUGAUCAAGGCGGCGGUGGGAGUGGUGGGCGACUUGGUCCUCGUCUUCCAAACCGAGCUGACGGCCUACGUGGGCAAAGCCCCGUUUCUCGUGCAGCUGGUUCAGGCAGCUUUGAGGAGCCAGGAUCCAAAGCUGCUGCAGAGUGCGCAGUGGCUACAAGGCAUGCUCAUGAAGCUUCGGUCUCAGUCUCCCAUCAAUUUGCACCUAACGAUCCUGGCGGACAGCGGCAAGAGUAGCAACGUGGUCGCCACCGAUGAGUCUGCUUUGGGGGUGCACGCGACGCAGGCUGUUGCCAGGAUGGCCAAAGUAGCGUCCAAAGAGGGCAAGACCGGCGAUCUGUCGCUGUCGUCGGAGCAUGAUGAGAGGGCUGCCCUCAUGCAGGAUGCUGGUGUUGCCAAAACUACGGGCACGGUCAUGGGAAGCCCCAUUCAGUUGGAUUUCCCGCCUACCCAGUUUGUCAUGGUCUUCCCGUAUCCCGAAGGCAGCCAUGAUGACUCCGUGAAGCAAAGCUAUCGGGAGCCCGUGGAAGAGCCGAGUGCGGCCUGGGAGGCCAUCUUCCAUGGACGUGAGAAGCCCGCCCUUGUCAAGGAUGGCAUCUCCAAGCAGGACUUCAUCGCGGCGGUGAAGGAUGGCGUGAUUGAUGUCUUGGAAGGUGAUGGCUGCAACAUUGUGGACUUCUUCUCUGUGGAUGGCGACGAGCACUUCGUCACCAUAGCGAUCGAGGACCCCAAGACUUUCAGCAUCCUCGCGGCGAAGCACGAGGCCCGAGCCAGGGUGAAGCCGGAGGCCUACAGGAACGCCAAGAAGAAGGUCCCCACUGACCAGAAGAUGCGCAAGGGCAAGGACUUUGACUUUGUCCAUGUCAAUUUCGGAGAGCGCCACCUCAAUGGCGCGACCAUCGACAACACAUGCACGGCCUUCGUGCGCUACGCGGAGGACAUCAAGGAGAAGCUCGAGGAUCUCAGCGAACCUGACAAGCUCCGGGUCGCCCGAAGGACCAUCACGCAGCACCUCAGCCUCCCAGCGCUGGAGCAGGCGGAAGUCAUCACCAAGUUCUUCGCUGCGCACGAUUGGGAGAAAGUUCAGGAGCUUUAUGCCCGCGGUUGGAGCAACCCGCUGAAGUUCUAUCAAUGGCCCGGCGCCCAAAUGCCAGACUACCUUGCAACCUACUUUGGCAUGCAAGUGGCCUACUUCUUCCAUUUUUACAACUCAUUCAUAAAGUGGCUGUCGAUCCCAGCGAUUCUGAGUGUCGUCGUCGUGAUCAUACGCCACAUCGACGUCCUGAGCCUGUACCAGAUCCACCUGAUGAACAGCGCCUUCGGGGCCGGGCUCUGCUUGUGGACGACGGCCUUCCUGGCAGCAAGCUACAAGCAAGACAUGGACUUCAAGACCUUGAGCUGGGGCAUGCAGGGCGCAAGUGCGGAAGUGGCUCAAGUCCGCAAGAGUUUCCGCGAUGAGCUCCGCGGCACCUGCCGGGAGACGCUGCAAAACCUGUUCCACUGGGUCUUGUGCGUCCUCUUCAUCGCGGAGACGAUCGGGGCCGUCGCCUAUUUGACGGAAGCGCGAAGCGUGGCCAGGGAUAAUCCGGAAGAGUCUACGAUGGGAAUCCCGAACACCAUCUUCGUGCUGGCUGCGAAGUAUCUUGUCACAGUGAACAUCAAGGUUGUGGAUUUCGCGUGGAUGUCUCUUUCUCCUUGGUUGAGCGGACGCGAGAACUGGCGUACCGACGCUGAGCUGAAGUCGGCGAUGACUCUGAAGAUCUUCGCGGUGAAGUUCGUUGUCUUCUACUACCCCUUCGUCUACACCCUCUUCAUCCAGCCCGUCGUGGACGGUUGCGAGGUGGUGAAGGGCCGGGAGGAUCAUCCGCUGCAAGGCUGUCUUCAGCAAGUGCGCUCCGACCUGGGCGUCUUCUUCAUCACCCAGGUGAUCUCCGAGGUGGUGGAGGUCGCGGUGUCCAUCGCCAUGAUGUACCGGACCAUCAAAGCGGAGAUCUCCCGGAAGAGCGAAGGCCGGCAGCACCUGAGCUACCUGGAGUUCCAGGCGCUGGGGACUCCUUACACGGUGACGGAUGAGGUCGCCGACUACAUGGACGUCGUGUUCAACUUCGGCUUUAUUGCCAUGUUUGGAGUGACGAUGCCCCCCAUGUGCAUCCUCUGCUUCUUGGCCAGCUUCCCUUUGAAGAGGCUGGCCGGCUACAAGUUCUGCUACGUUCAGCAAAGGGUGAUCCCCCGCUCCCAGGAAGGCAUCGGGUCCUGGAUUGGCAUCUUGAACUUCGUGGCCUACAUGGGCGUUACAAUCACGUGCUACAUAGCUAUCUUCAUCUUCCACGUCGAGCAUGCGGAUCAACUCCAGAUGCUCCUGACUUUCAUCAUAGCCGAGCGCGCCGUGGGCAUCUUCAAGUUCGCGAUCGAGGCCUUCCUCUCUUCCAAGUCCGUGUCGCAGCAGCGGAUCGAGGAGUACAACGAGGAUGCCGGGGGCCCCGGCCCGCUCCGCGGCCAGCGCUCCGCUCAGAGCGCCGCUGUGCUGCGAGGUGCGCGCGUGCUGCCCUGGACACUGCAGGACACCACGGCGGUGGCGGUGCCCAAGGGAAGGCGUUCACACGUGUCCAAGGGCGCCAUUUUGCCAGCUGGAAUUUUUGCGAUGCAGAAGUACUACAUCAAGCAUCCCGACGGGACCUUGACGUCCCACUAUGGAGUUGUGCCGGGCACCGCGGCAGCGCCCGCAGCGCAGCCCGCAGCGCAGCCCGCGGCCCUAGCCACAGCCCUGCCGGCAGCGCAGCCGGCACUGCCCACGGCACUGCCUCCUCGAGUAGCCACUGCUACACCCACGUCGGUAGCCCCACAGAGCCUGCGAGCGGUUUAUGCCGCCCCUCUUUUGGCGCCAGCCACCAGCAUCGGCGUCACCCCAACCAUGACCGGAACCACUACUCAGCCACUUGUGGCGCAACCGAUUGUGACCAAGGCAUCCAUGCCGUCCGCGACGGCCGCGACGGGUGGUGGAGGCAAGAUGGGGGAGUUGUGGCCCCUUUACGAAGCCAAGAUGAAGAAGGAAGGCCUCAACGAUGCAGCGAUUGCUGCCUUCAAGUACAACUACUCCGUUCUGACGUCUGGUCAAGACACAAUGAUCCCGGAGAGCUCCAUCAGCCCCGUGGACUCCCUCCCCAGCUACGAGUCCUUGAACGUUACCGAGGACUCCUCGCUGCUGAGGCGGACGGCACCUCGGCGGCAGGAGGGAAAGGGACUCUUGAUUUUAGUGGUCCUGAAGCUGAAUGGUGGCCUGGGCACCGGCAUGGGCUUGGAGAAAGCAAAGUCUCUGCUGCCGGUGAAGCAGGGCCUCACCUUUCUGGAGUGGGACCUCAUCGCCCAGCAGGUGGAGUCCAUGAAGGUGAAGUUCAUGCUGAUGAACUCCUUCUCGACCUCCGAAGACACCUUGGAGGCGCUGGCCAAGUACCCAUCCUUGGGCACAGGCAGCGACCUGGAGUUCGUGCAGAACAAGGCCCCGAAGGUCACCGAGGAGGAGAGCGAGA